GUUUAACUAUAGAACUGCAUUCUACUAAGCACGGUGUGUGACUCGGCUUACGUUACACACAAAACACUACACAACCCUUCGUAGAUCUACGGAGCUCAGAGCCAAACAUGGGCUCAGUAAAGGGGUGGAUCUGUGUAGUACUGGUGGGAAUUCUGGGAUAUCUUUAUAUGGAAAGUUUCGACCCUGGUAAGACUCCAAAUCUAUACAAUUGAAAACAAAGCACACCAUAUCUUCAUUGAAAUUAGGAAAGAUUGUUUCUUUUUUUUGUAAAAUGAUUACUGUAUUCAUGGGGCUACACACAUGUUACUAUGUAAUAAUUACUGUUUCUCCGUCCUACAUUGGUGACUUUUCUUACUCGUUUACUUUACAAACUUGCCAGAGUAAUCCACUUUUUUUUUUUUUUAAUUUCUUUCUGAUUUUCUUUUGCUGUUUUUCCUGAUGUUUUUACUGUUCAUGACAUUUACAAAAUUAAAACAUAAAAAUAGUAAUAUCAAAAAGGGAAAAAAGUAAAAUUUUUAUGUUUUUUUUAAUGCUUUAAACAAAAAGGAAGAACGAGUUAAUUAACUGCUUACCUGACACCUAACUUGCCAAUCUCAUAAUUGUGGUUGCUCUUAUUGUUUACACAUUGGAAAUAAUACAUUUAAGAACAAAAAUGGGAAAAUAAAAUGACAGAAGAGAUGCAAGAAAUUUAUCUGCACAAAUAAGGGAUAAUUCGGCACAAAUACUAAGCACAAAAAAACAUAAAAAGUGAACAUAGCACUUUUUAUAUAUGGUCUGCACUGUUUCUAAAUGCCACUUGCCAGAUACUCUUCUGCCAUAGUGAAAAAGGCACCCAGAUCUCUUAAUCUCAAUGAAGUUGUCUGGGUCAGUGACGGGAACUAUCUCCAGUGCAACUCCAUCGGCACCUGCAGGUUUUGGGGGCACAUCAGGUAACCAUCUAUUUAGGACCACCUGAUAGGCAGGCCCUUUUAAUAUUGACGGGCAGUGCUGGGAGAAAGUGAGAGUCUGUCACUUCCUCAUAGUUUACAGACCACACAAAGGAGGCACAGAAAGGACAGGAGAGCACAGCAGACAGCAUCAGACUCCCAUCAUUCUCAAGCAGCCCAGGAAGCCAACCUCCUCCACCCAUAUUGUAUGAAAGCAGGGGGUUGGCUAAAAAUAUGCAAAUUGUAACUUGUGUGUGUAUCUGUGCGUCAGUGUGGGUAUCUGUUUGUGUAGGUGUUUAUGUCAAUGUGUGUACAUAUGUACAAGUAUCACUGUGUUUGUUUGCAUAUGUUUAUAUGUGCAUACAUCCCAGCAUUCACUUAAACAUCGAUUAUACAGACAAAAACAACCCUCCAAUCAAACGCCAACACCACAUUCAGUCAAACGCCAACACUACAUACAAACACACCUCUGUAUUAAAAUGCCAACAUUAUAUUAUACACAAAAAAAACUACAUUCAAACACCAAACCUACACACAAAUACACCCCUUCACUCAAACACCAACACUACAUACAAAAACUUUGCUGCAUUCAAACACACUACACACAAGUACGCCACUGCUUUCAAGUGGCAACAGUACAUACAAACACACAACUGCAUUAAAAUGCCAAAACUACACACAAAUACUCCAUCCAAAACCAUGCUUAAAUUCAAACACACAAACAUUGCCCCCAUUUAAAACCAGACCCGGACUCGCCAUCGGGUAAAUGCCCAGUGGGCCACGGUGGCCAUGGGCCUAGGCCAGCAGGGGAGAUUACAGGAUCUCCCCUGCCGGUCCGUGCAGGGCCGGCUCUAUCCGAGCGCCGGCCCUGCUGCAUUCCAUGACAGACCGGUGGAGAGAUUCAUGAUCUCCCUCACCGGCCCACAUGUAGUGUAUUGCAGCCGCCGGCGGGGGAGAGAGGGAGUGAGACAGGAGAGGAACCCAGAGGAGCUCUAUCUUGCAGCUCCGCCAGGUCCUCUCGCGAGAUUUGGAGCAUUCCCACUGGCUAGAGUUCACUCACCAAUAGGAUGGCAUGGCAGCAGCACAAUCCCCCCUCCCAGGCUAAAGGUUAGAAGGGAGGGGGGAUAUCAUCACACACACACUGCAGGUUGACAUUCACAGCAUCCUCACUCACACACACACUGCACCCCUGACACUCACAGCACCCUCACUCACACACACACACACACACACACACACACACAGCACUCUUACCCACACAGCACCCUCACACACACUGCACUCAUCUUCCACACACACAUCACCCUAACACACACACACUGCACCCCUGACACUCACAGCACCCUUACACACACACAUACACACACACACGCUGCACCCCUGACACUCACAGCACCCUCACACACACACACUGAACCCCUGACACUCACAGUACCCUCACUCACACACACACUGCACCCCCGACACUCACAGCAUCCUCACUCACACACAAACACACUGCACCCCUGACACUCACAGCACCCUCACUCACACACACACACUGCACACCUGACACUCACAGCACCCUCACUCACACACUGCACCCCUGACACUCACAACACCAUCUCACACACACACACACUGCACCCACACACACAGCUUCCUCAAACACACAUAGCACCCUCACGCAAACACAGCACCCAGCACACACACACUAUACCCCUCACACACACAACACCCUUACACACACUACACCCCUCACACACACACUGCACCCCUCUUGCACACAAACCACAACCCUUACACACACACAUCACCCUCACACACACACUGCACAAUACUCUUUCCUGGUAUUUUUAUCUCCUGGUAUCCCAUCUAUGGAGACACUAGAGACAAAUUUCAAGCAAACACAGUGCAAGCAUGUUAUUAAAUUUGCUUGCGCUGUGCAGAACAAAUACAAGGUCUUUUUCUCAUGCUAGAUCUCUUCAGCAGAGCUCUGCGCAUGGUAUGCCCUGGAAGAGCAUUGAACCAACAUGCUCACUUUGUGAUGGGGCGUGCUUGUCAUUGGUGAUGACAGAACAAACCCUAUCUGUCCCCGCCCCCUUUUUAGUGUGUCGCUGUAAUAAAAAAAUGCUUGGCCGAAUUUUCUUCCCCGUCCGGCCCUGGAUAAAACCCUUUAAGUAUGGGCAGAUGGUACAUCCCCAGCUGGUAGCGCAUCAUGGGAGAUAUACGACAGAUGGGAAUCUACCUUUUGGCCGUCCUUGAGUUGGGAAGAGGGGGGAAUUUUUUGUACAAGGACCCUCUCUAUAUUAGUUCAGCCACUGGUCUGGGUGCCAUGCCCCCCUCAUUUUAACCCUUCAGCGUACAACUUUACAUCUAGUGGCUGUCACACUGACCCACAAGAGCUACUUCUGAAGAAAUGGCCAAGUAAAACUUGGCAAGUUCUACCAGGUGAUCUCAUAGAGACCAUCCGAUUGAUUCAUGGUGGCGUCUUGCAGUGUGCAUGCACACUAUCCUCCCAAUGCUUUCCUAAGGGUCUUGAUGAUCUCAACCAAGGAGACGAGGCCAGCUGUGGACAGAGCAGUUUAAACUCUUGGGGGUGGUCACCUAAACAAUGACUAGUACACGAUAGUGUUAGGAAUACACUAGUUUUUAUUCCUAAUGCUAUAGUGUUCCUUUAAGAGAAUUUAAGUAAACAAUAAUAAUAAAAAUAUGUUUAUGUGUUGAGACAAAUGUGUGGAGCCAAGUAUUUUCUUUUAGAUAUUAAAAACAAACAAACUGUACUGUGAUUAAUUAUUUGAAAUCCUAUCCUUUUCUGUCACAGAAAGCAUUGCCAAUGCCAGGGUACUAGUCACUGGGGCAAGCACAGGCAUCGGAGAGGAGAUAGCGUAUCACUAUGCAAAGGCAGGAGCCCAGCUGGUUAUAACAGCAAGGAGGGAACAAGCACUGCAAAAGGCAAGUAACCCCAUACAUUAUAAAAGCUGUACAAAAUGUAUCCUGAGAACAAGGUACAAUCUAAAAGAAAAUGGCUGAAGAUUGUGUGGAGACUUGAGAUCUUGACUUUACCUCCUUCAUGAUGAGCUAGUCCCUUAUUUUUCUCCCAUUAUUUAAUUUAAUUAUUAUUCUCCCUCUUACUCGUUAAUUCUGAAUAUAUGGCAUGGUAUGUUAUUUGGUUGUUAAUGAGUUCACAGUCAGUUCUCUACAACAAAAGCAACAAUAUGAAUACCGUAUAUUAUUAUUAUUAUUGCCAUUUAUAUAGCACAAGCGUAUUCUGCAGCGCUUUACCAUUUUAUAAAAAGGGGAAAUUCAAGAAAUGAGGGGUUGCCACGGCAGGGCAAAGAAGAGAGUUGAAGGUAUCCAAGAGAUGCAAGGGAUUGUGGGAGCAUAUAAACUAAUGAGAGAGGAAAAGUAUGACUGUUUAGCAAGGGUGAGGGCUACACUGUAUGAACGCAGGAUGAAUUUAAAAUGGCAAAAGUCUGACAAGGUGUGAAACUCCCUCCAGUGGCGUUCGGUUGAACGGGAGCAUCUCUGCAGGUAGCAUGUUGCCUUAGUGUGCCACUAUUGGAGGCAUAUCCUCCUUGAGGUGUAUGUUUGGGGCAGGGCUGCAGCGCCCAGAGCAGUGGUGAAGAUAGCAUUAUAUGAGGAGAUAGCCAGAGAGGGACAGAAAAAAAGUGGAUGAGAGUUGAGAACGGACGGAGGUCAAGUUCAACUCGUUCAAGUAUUAGCUAUCUUUACCGACAGCUUUCUAUAUGCCUGACCACAUUGGGGAAAUGGUACUGCAAUUAGGUUGCUUUAAAAAGUGCUCUACUAACAUAAGCAAAAUAGGUUUUUUAAGUAACAAAGAGAGUUUGCUAUAUAUAUUAAAAUGCGUUUUUUUUUUUUUUUUUUUAGAAAUUAGUAAAUACAGUUAACAGUUCUAGCCACAACAAAUUUAGCCCAUUCUCACAACACCAUCUUAUUCACUGCAGGUGAAGGCAAAAUGCCUGGAACUUGGAGCAAAGAAUGUGUCUCUGAUUAUUGCAGACAUGGGAGAGCCUGUGGAUCGGGAACAAAUAUUGGAGAAGGCUGUUACUGUGCUGGGUGAGUAUUUAAUCUAUUAAUGCGAGUAAGGUGUACCAAUUUAGAUUAACUAGAAAAAUAAUAGGAAGAAAUCCUCUCGUAUAGAGACGAGGGGAAUCCUCCUACCAGUACUACCCCUAGAAAGACAUAUAUACAGGCUUGUAGAAAACAAGAUAUGUAUAACUAAAUUUAGAUUAACCCCUUAAGGACCAAACCUCUGGAAUAAAAAACAAUCAUGACAUGUCACACAUGUCAUGUGUCCUUAAGGGGUUAAAUACCAUGGAGCAUAUUUUUUUUUACAGUGUAUAUAAAUAGGGAGAGAUUCCUAUUCCACUAAGGUAAAAAGUAAUUUUACCAGCAUAGGAAAUGUUAUUUUAAUAUAGAUGGACAUCAGGACACUUUUGUAUGUGUGCUUCUAAUUAACAUAGUAAGGCCCCCCCAAGCCCCUCUCUCUGCCCAAAGGUAAGAAGAAGGGAGGGGGAUAUUAAAGGGACACUAAUGCAAUGUUAGCUUAAUGAAACAGUUUUGAUGUAUAGAUCAUGCCUCUGAAGUUUCCCUGCUCAAUUUAUUGCCAUUUAGGAGCUAGAUUACUUUUGUUUCUGUUUAUGCAACUCUAGCCACACCUCCCCACACAACCUGCACUUAUUUUAAAAGUUUUUAUCUCCUGCUCUGUAAAUUAAACUUUAAUUGCAUACAGGAGGCACAGUUAGCUAUUAACAGAGUAGGAGAUAAGAAAUUCUAAAUUAAACUGAAUUUGCAAUAAAGGAAGUGUAAACAUUUGAUGACUCUUUACAGGAAGUAUUUAGGAAGGUGUACCUAGGGUUUCAGAAACAAAGUGAUUCAACUCAUAAAUGACACAGAACUGAGCAGGGUCAUGAUCUAAACAUCCGAACUGCUUCAUUAAGCUGAAGUUGCUUCGUGACUAUAAUGUCCCUUUAAACUUAAUUUUCAAAGUAUCAUUAAUUUAAAAAAUAAAGUAAAAUAAUAUUUCUAUAUAUUAUAUCUGUCAUGAAUGCACCCUACUCCAAGAGUGUGCGUGACGUAGUUGUGGUGGCGAAGGGGUUAAAGUUCACUAUUUGUCUGCACUAGACUGGAAAUAAUUACAAAAUCCCUCUUAACACCACCCACAUUUAAACAUAAUAGUAUAACUAUUACUAUUUUAACGCUGCCACCACCAAGGCAAUUUAUAAAUGGGGUCCCUUUUCCCCCAGGUAAAUUAAUUAUAAAAACCCAACAAAUAUUACUUAGCACAAUAUCUAUGUGACUGUAAAAUACUAAUUAGUCUCUUCAGGUAACGUGAUUCUUUACAAGACAAAGGCAGAACUUAAUAAUGGAAUGUUUAUUAUGAGUAAAAAAAUGAGCAAAAAAAUAGUCACAGUGCAUACAAAAAUAUAGAUGAUAAACCAAUUAUUUACAGAUAAAAACAAAAGGGAUAAAGUAACAGAAGUCCUAAUCACUUACUCAGCUCUUCAAAGUAAAUACUUCUGCUGCAGGUGGUCUCUGCUAGGAAAGAUGGUGACUCACUUAGAAUUAUAUUCUGGCCCCAAAUAAGUACACCCAGGGCCGGCGCUACCUGAAUGGACAGGGGGGGUAAAUUGACAGGGAGGGGGGAAUUGACAGGGAGGGGAACUGACAGGGGGGUGAAAUGAAUGAGAGGGGGUGAAUUAACAGGGGGGGGAAAUUGACAGGGGAACUGACAGGAGGUGAAUUGACAGGGAGGGGAAAGAAAUUCACAGGGUGGGUGGGAAGAAAUUGACAGGGAGGGGAAUUGACGGGGGAGGGAGGGAGAAUGAGAGUGGGGAGGGGAGAAGAGAGUGACAACGGGGGAGAAGAGAGUGACAAGGGAGGGGGGAGAAGAGAGGGACAAGCAGGGGAGAAGAGAGUGACAAGGGAGGGAGGAGAAAAGAGGGACAAGGGGGGGAGAAGAGAGGGACAAGGGAGGGAGAGGGGGGAGAAGAGAUUGACAUCCAUCACACACACACAAUGCACCCCUUACACACAAAGACAAUGCACCCCUUGCACACAGAAAAACACACAAUGCAUUACACACACAGACACACACACAUAAGCAAUGCAACCCUUACACACAAUGCAUCCCUUACACACACAGAAACACACAAUGCAUUCCUUACACACACUCAAUGCACCCCUUACAGAUGCACACACUCAAUGCAUCCCGUACAUACACAGAAACACACCUUGCAGCCCUUACACAUACAAACACAGAUUCACACAAUGCAUUCCUUACACACAUAUCCGGACAUCCCCCUACUCCACCCCCUGUGAACAAACUCAUUGGUGGAACAUGAAAGUGGACCCUGGGACCCAGACCUUGAGCUGUGUAAAGGGCCUUAAAAAAAAUGGAGCUGCUUCCCAUUCUCCCAGAACAUUGAUUUUUGUGACCACAGUUACAAACAGCCUCCAGGGAGCCUGUUCUACACCAGACCAGUGGAGCCAGAAUGCAGCUAGAGCCCAUCAUCGUCCUCAUCUGGUUGUAAGUAGGCAAUCUAGUAUAUUAUUCGUGGCACUAAUCUCUAGUCCCCAGAACCACUUCAGCUUAAUGUAGUGGUUCUGGUGUCCAUAGCCUGUCCCUGCAGGCCUUUUAAUGUAAACACGGCGGCACUGCAGCACUGGCGUUAGUUAACAUGGCAGAUCAUAUGGGUGGGGCAUUGUGAUGUCACAUGGGGGGGGCGGCAAACUUUACUUUUGCCUAGGGCGGCAAAAAUCCUUGCACCGGCCCUGAGUACACCAAAAUGAUGCACCCUUGCCGUGACAAUAUUUAUUUUGUUAUUCAGUUGCUCCCUUCUCAUCCCUACCCCCAACACACAAUAAAGGCACCAACACAUCCACACACUGCACCCUUCAGAAACACUGGAUCCCCUACACACCUUAGUUUCCCCAUAGACACACACACAACAUCCUUGACACAGAGAGUAGAUUCCUGACACACACAGUGCAUCUUAUAUACACACUAUGAAUUCCUUACAAACUCACUAGAUACCCUACAGACACACACUGCACCACCUACACACACAGUACAUUUCUUACACACUAAGCACACCUUAUGCACAUACCAGAUCGCCUAAACAUACACUCUUUACAGCCCCUAUACAAGCACUUCAUCUCCCUAUACACACAUACACUACAGCCACUAUGCACACACUUGCUACAGCCCCUAUACACUCUCUACUGCAUACAGACAUGCACACACAACACAACUUCAACAAAUGUAUUUACUCAAUACACCACACCACAAACAGCUCACUCUACACACACACAAUACCACAAUUAGCCACCAAAUGCAUGCACUGUACUCACUCAUGGCAUUUUAGUCCUCUGGUAUCCCACUUAUUUAGACACCAGAGACAAGUCCCAAGCAAACAUAGCGCUACACAUUACACAGCAUCUUUUUCCCAUGGAAGAGCUCCUUAACAGGAAUCUGUGCAUGGGCUGCCCUGAAAGAGCAUUGAACUAAUUGCUCACUUUGAGUGGACGUGCUUGUCAUUGGGGAUGACAUAACAUGCCCCUUCUCUGGCUCCGCCCCCUACCAGUAGGCCUCUCUGAUUAGAAAAUGAAUUUCUUUCCCAGUCUGGCCUUGCAUCUGUGGUACUAUUGCAAAAACAUAGGAGGUAGUGUAGGUUGGGAGGGAAGAAAGGAAAAGACACAGAAAAUGGGGAGAAGGAACAUUUAAAAAAAAAAAAUGAAUGUAGAUUUAAAAAAAGAAAAUAGCUAACUAAUUGUAAUGUUAGCAACAUUUCAUUUUAAAGAUGCAUAUUGUUACCUAGUGUACUUUGUUCUCAACAGAGAUUAAACAAAUCUAUCUACAUUCUAGCACACCUGUUGUUUUGUCUAAAGUCUAACUAUGCUGCUAUAUCUAACUAGGAAGAAGUUUAUUAAUAAAAGGGAUAUCUAACCAAGUAUAUGGCCAGUAUCGCUGUUGCGAAAGAUUGAUUCUCAUCUACUGGGAGAUACAAAUGAUUGCCUAUGAUGCAAGCCUAGUUGAAAAUGUUUGAAGAAGUUAAAGAAGUGACCUAUGAGCAAAAUUUAUGGAGAAUGCAAUGUUUACAUGACACAUUUCAAGAACUGAAAUAUCCCACACACAAACAACACUGUUAUAUACAUCAGAGUCAACACUAUAUAAGUGUGUAAUAAAGAUGUGCUUAAGGAUAGUUUUUAAUACAGUUCAUAAGUACACUGAUUUCAAAUUGGAAAUAUUCUUGUACACCCAUGCCACAAUCAAUUACUUGCCACUGCUUAAAGUUACAUGCAUCACUUGACAAUUAUUUUUUCAUCAAGCAAACACUUUUAAACAAAUCUACAAACUAAAAUACAUCAAUAUUGUGACUGUGUGAUGCUGCCUGUGACCGUGUGUGUGUGUGUGACUGUAUAUGUGACUGGCUGUAACUGUGUGCAUGACUGUCUGGCCACAACUGUGUGUGACUGCUUGUAACUGACUGUGUGUGUUACUGUUUGCCUGUAACUGUGUGUGUGACUGAAUGUGACUGUAUGUCUGACUGUCUGCAUGUGACUGUGUGCGUGUGACUGUCUGCCUGUAACUGUGUGUGACUGUAUGCCUGUAAGUCUGUAGGUACAGGCUAUACUCACCAGAACAAUUACAUUAAGUUGUAGUUGUUCUGGUGACUAUAGUCUCCCUUUAACACUUCAAAUUGUGUGUGUGACUAUCUGCCUGUAACUGGGAGUUGUGGGGUGCAGGGGUUUGUAGGAGAGGGGAAAGACAGGGGUUUUGUAGAAUAACUGACAGGGGGGUUUAACACAGUUUACAAAUUUGUGCAAUACAUUAAAAAAUAAAAAACAUGUAAAUAAAAUAAAUUCAGGUGUUUUUUCCCCCCAUUUUUUUGGAGUGGAGCAGGGGGUGCCAAACACAGGACUCGCCCCAUGUGCCAAAUGCUCUAGAUAUGCCCCUAUUAUUUUGCCUCACUUUUGCUAUAUGAAUUGACGUUCUCAGCCAAUCACUUAGUUUUCCCAUAAGAAAUCAAUGUAUCUCUAUGGGGAAAGCACACUGUGCAGCACUGACCAAGGAAGCACCUCUAAUGACUGUCUAAGGAGUGGCCACUGAAGGUGUUCCUAGACUGUAAUGUAAACACUGCCUUUUUUCUGAAAAGGCAGUGUUUACAUUAAAAAGUCUGUAGGUACAGGCUAUACUCACCAGAACAAUUACAUUAAGUUGUAGUUGUUCUGGUGACUAUAGUCUCCCUUUAACACUUCAAAUAGUAAUGGAGCCCUCACAAGUUCUAUAUUAUUGAAACGAUAUACACAAAAAGCAGGUAAUACAGCACAUUUUAAAAUAAACAAUCACAUAUUCCAAUAUGAUAUUUUAUCUCUCUGCAGGAGGUCUAGAUUAUCUGGUGUUAAAUCACAUUGGUUAUACCCCAUUUCAGAUGUGGGAAGGAGAUGUGAGUCAUGCUCGCUGGUUAAUGGAGGUAUGUGUGCAGGGCCGGUGCAAGGAUUUUUGGCUACACAGGCGAAGAUGCAUUUUGCCACACCAUUCCUCUUUACCCCAAAAAUGCAUCUUCACCGGUGUCUCAUAAAUCCCCUUUUGAAUUUCUUACCCCCUUUAGUGUAUUGUAUCCCCUGUUUAGUCUGUCCUAUACUCCCUUGGUAUGUCUCAUGCAACCCUCUUCUUUCCUACAGCCCUUUUCUGUGUGUCUCUCCCCACAGCCCUUUUCUGUGUGUCUCUCCCCACAGCCCUUUUCUGUGUGUCUCUCCCCACAGCCCUUUUCUGUGUGUCUCUCCCCACAGCCCAUUCUCUUCCCUACCCACCAGGG